AUGUUCCGAUCCGCCGUUCUCCGAUCCCUCCGCGUCGCCGCCCGACCGGCCACCAUCCGCUCUUUCGCUCCCGUGGCGCCCCGCGUCGCUUCCGCCGCCGUUCCCAAGAUCCAGAGCUUCCAGGCCGUGCGGUUCUACAGCGCCGGCGGUGCGCUUAACAAGGAGGAGGUCGAGGGCCGAAUUAUGAGCUUGUUGCAGGGCUUUGACAAGGUUAACGAUGUCUCCAACAUCAAGUCCUCCGCUCACUUCGCCAACGACCUCGGUCUCGACUCUCUUGACACCGUCGAGGUCGUCAUGGCCAUCGAGGAGGAGUUCAGCAUUGAGAUCCCCGAUAAGGAUGCCGACUCUAUCCACUCCGUCAACCAGGCUGUCGAGUACAUCCUGAACCAGCCCGACGCCAACUAA